GUCAACAACAUUACACUCUCGUGUCAUAUUUCGUGAUUAUCCGCGGACUGGAGAGGAUUUCCCGGCAAACUUAUUUUUGGCUUAUGUUCGUUGGUGAUCAUGUAACAGAAAAUUAUUUUCUUUAGCCGCUGUAAGAUUUAAUUGUGUUAGUCGUCUGAAGUUUCUGAGACCGGGUUUGGCAGCCCGGGCGUGUCUGCGUGUUUUCCGCCCAGCACCAAAAUUUUAUACCCGCCUUUCUAUCGACGUAGUUUUUACAUAAACGAGAACUAGGAUCAAGAUGGGCCUAGAGAAAUUUCAGAUUUUCUUUGACUUGGAGCCGCCUGUGUUUUACUCCGGCCGGAUUGUGACCGGCAGAAUUGAGAUUGUCAACAGAACGCCAAAAAAAAUCAGAGGCAUUAAAGUCGAGAUCAGGGGACGGUCCCAUGUGCGCUGGACGACGAGGCGGAAUAACAAGGACGGGAAGUCGGAAACUGUAGUUCACCAAGCUUUCGAGGAAUAUUUCAACACCAAAUUCCAUGUUUUGGGAAGCAAAAAUAGUUCAGAAGAACUGAUCCUGGAGCCUGGAAAUUACACCUACCCUUUCUACUGCACCCUGCCGGCGAACCUUCCCUCCUCCUUUGAGGGUGACUUCGGAUUCAUCAGGUACUCCCUGAAGGCCGAGGUGGACAGACCCUGGAAGUUCGACUACAAGGCCAAGGCGCUCUUCACCGUCACCUGUCCGCUUGACUUGAACGGCUCUCCUGAGUUGGUCGCUCCUGUAAGAAAGGAAAAGUUCAAAACGUUCGGCUGCUGUUGCUGCGUGUCCGGCCCCCUCAACAUCAUCUUCACCAUUCCGACAGGGGGUGUCGUCCCUGGAGAAACCCUGAUGCCAACCUUAGAUGUGGAAAACAACUCCGGGGUUGACCUGAACCAAGUCUCGGUCAAGUUAAUAAAAUUGGUGACUUUCAAGGCGGGAGGUCGCACAAAAGAUACAAAAGUGUCGAUUGUUGAGCAAAACCUGGGGCGUCUCAAUUCAGGGCAGUCCUCCACCUACGAAAGGGUGGCCCUGCCCGUUCCGUCUCUGCCACCCUCUUACUUGCGUAACUGCAACAUCAUCGACUUGAAUUACUAUGUCGAGGCGUCAUUCUCUCCGUCCGGCUGCCACCGCAAUUUUUUUAUUUGGAUGCCCCUGGUCAUAGGCACGAUUCCUCUUCAGCAGAAUUUUGCCCAGUUCUCGCAGGCCCCACCGCAGCCACCCCCACAGCAGAACUUCACUCCUUCGGCGCCACAAAUGGACGAACCUCCUCCUCCCUACCCCAGCCUUGCACCUCCAACUUUCGAGGAGUCUAUGUUUGGCGCCAAGAACGUAUUCGAUGAUGACAAAGAUGAACACACCUUUGGCAACAAAAACUUUGCACCUCUCUACCCGGUCUACAAACUUGGCCAUUUAUUUUAAUAUCACAGUGCCUUUGUGUGCAUUUGCAGAAAUUUUAUUGUCAAUGACGUCAAUGUCCUUAAAGGAAAAGCUAUUUUACUUGAUAUUCAAUAAAUUUAAUCUCAAUCUGGCAUCACCUGCUGAAGUGAUUAAAUAUUGUAGAAAAUCCAGUAAUUUUUUACUGGGGGUGAUGGCAACCCUUUUGGGUUGGUUUCAGAUUUAACGACUAAACAAUAUUCAGCCUUGUAAUCUAUGUGCAAAAUAGGUCUAAUAAUUUGAGAUAUUAUAAUACGUAACUAUUAUAUUUGAUGAAUAAAUAUGUGCUAAGCUGUUUACAAGCUUUUUAAAUAUAUGAGCUUUUUGUGUAACUGUUCAAUAGCUAUUUACUACUCAUCGCCAUGACCUUUAUUCUACUUUGGUUAUAAUGUGAUAUCGAAAACUUUUUCGCAAACCAACGUUUCAAAUUUGUAAAGAAUAUCUAGAUUU